GGAAAGCUCCGGCCCGGGUUUCCUGGAGUCCGGGCGUCUCGGUGCCAUCCGGGGGAAGAGUUUAGGCGGCAGCAACCCCGGGAGGUAUGAGGAAGGUGGAGGUGUGGUAGUUUCUCCAGGGACUUGUGGGAUUGAAGAAUAUCUCUUCUAAGAAAAUUUCCUGCUUCUACAGUCUUCCAUCUUAGUGUGCAAUUGAUGAUUUCACUUGAAAUACUUAUCUGAAGAAACUUAACAGUAAGCAAGGUGUAAUUGCUCUUUUAAAGAUGUUAAAAGUUCAGCAGUGUGUAACAGCUGACAGGAUACCCAAGAAAAAGCCAUAUAUUUGUGACAUUUGCUGUAAACAGUUUGAAACUCCAUCAAAAUUAGCUAGGCAUUAUCUUAUACAUACUGGUCAAAAACCAUUUGAAUGUGAUGUAUGCCAUAAAACGUUUAGGCAGCUAGUCCACCUGGAGAGGCAUCAGUUAACCCAUAAUCUGCCUUUUAAGUGUACUGUUUGUUAUAGAAACUUCAAAAAUUUGAUCACUUUCUUAAAGCAUCAGAAGCUUCAUAAUGAAAAUUGUAAGAAUAAUACCAAGCAACCAGAAAACUCUGUGAAUUCUGAGCAAGACAGAGGCACUUGUGGUAUAUUUAGAUGCUCUACAUGCUGGAAGUCUUUUACAACUGAAAAGAGGUGGAUGAUGCAUCAGUGUCUGAAGGCAGAUCGUCUACGUGGGGCUAGAAGGAGAAAGAAAACUCAUGCUUGUGAAUCAUGUAACAAGACAUUUCCAUCGAGAUCUAAGCUAGAAAGACACUUCCUUAUUCACACUGGCCAGAAACCUUUUAAGUGUUCUUCAUGUGGUAAAUCUUUCAGACAGUCAACACACUUGAAAAUCCAUCAGCUCACACACACAGAAGAAAGGCCUUUUCAGUGCUGCUUUUGUCAGAAGCAGUUUAAAAUACAAAGCAAACUCAUGAAGCACAAACAGCUCCAUGCCAGAAAUAAGACUUUCCCCAGUGUUGUAUACAAAGCAAAGACUCUCAAAUAUCCCAGACCACACAACCUGUUGGAAGGAAAGAGGGAUAGUUGUGAGAAUGCUGACACACACAAGUCACAGGAAAACGACCCACAUGAUGUUCACUCAAUUUAUAUUGUACCCUUUCAGUGCCCAGCAUGUGAGCAGUGUUUUGAAACGGAGCAGGUUCUAAAUUUGCACAAAUGUUAUCUGAGAGAUGGCAAAAGCUCAAAUAAUGCUACAACAGCAUGCAGCCACACAGUCAGCAUGAAAAAUAAAAUCCUGAUGAAGCUAAAGCGUACUGGAGGAAAGGCAACAGAUUUUUCUCUGUCUGACAGAAAAAAGAUAAAAUCAGGUCACUUUAAAAGUCCUGACCUGGUUGCAGCUAGAGAUCAGCGUUCUGAUCAGCAUGCUUCUACUAAACCUGUUAAGGAUUGUCAUAGCAAGCUUGACAUGCACAAGGCACUUCGUAAUCGGAUGAAAAGAACGCUUGCUCGGCAGUUACCUUGUCAAGAGCACCCACAACCUCAUGCCUCUGGAAUUAAUUUAAAAGGUACACUUGCUGGUGAAAACAUGUUAAACAUCGCUGAUUCACUGGAUAAUGAAGGCACUUUUUGUGGUUCAUCAGAUGAUGGUUUCUUUGGUAAUCCAGAAGUACUUCACUGUGCUUUUUCAGAUUCUGCUAAAAAUAUAUGUAACAGACACAAAGUGUGUAAAUGUGACAGAUGUGAAAAAAUCUUUCCAUCUUCAUCCAAACUUCAAAGACAUUAUCUUACACACACAGGACAGAAGCCCUUUGGCUGUAAUGUUUGCGGCAAGACAUUUAGACAGUCAGCUCACUUAAAGAGACAUCAGCUCACCCAUACUGGAAAGAGACCCUAUAAAAGCUCUGUUUGCCAGGUAGAAUUUGAAAACCUGAAUGGAGUUUUCAAUCAUCGGGGAGAUCACGCUGAAUGGGAGUCUUCUCAGCCUGUGGGUUGUUUGGGCUAUUCUCAAACACCUUCACAGGCAUCUGGCUCGCAAGAAUCUGAGCUGAUUCAGUCAAACGGAGCAGCUGAAGUGAAGGUUGAAAUCAAAUCAGGGGAUGUUGUUCUUGACACCAGCAGUAAAAACAAACAGCCGUAUUUGUGUAGCAAAUUGUUGGAAACAGAGCAAAGUUGUUACAGCUAUUGGCGUGAUUUUUCUGAAGGUACUGAAAAAAGUGAAGUUGUUAACAAAUUGUAUAAAUGCAGUAUCUGCUUUAAAACUUUUAAAUCGCCUUCUAAGCUUGAAAGACAUUACCUAAUGCAUGCUGGACAGAAGCCAUUUGAAUGUUCAGUUUGUGGUAAAAAAUUCAGACAGGCCCCACAUUUGAAAAGACACCACCUUACUCACUUUAAAGAGAGCUUAAAGCUGAGUUCCACUUAGAUUGUCUCUUUCUGUUACGAGGUGACCUUGUAAAGAGUUAAUUUACUGUCUCCAGAACUGUCUACUUGAUGUAAUUUGUGAAUGUGAGAUGUGUGAAACAAAAUAUGCAAUUUUGCAUAUCUUUUCCUAAAUUAAUUUAUAAAUACACAUUCUUACUGCAUUGUGUUACAGCAAUCUGCAAUGCUCCAUGAAUCAGAUAUUUUAGAAGUUAUUAGAAGACAUUAUGCUUUCCUGUAACUAUCAGAAAAGUAAAAUAAAAAGGUAAUAUCCAGAAUAGAGGUCUUUUUACUUUCUUCUGGCUUACUGUAUGUUGCAAACAAAGGAGACUUGCUGUAUUUAUUUCAUACUUUCUAAAAAAGGCAAAAAAAAAAAAAAGAGGAAGGAGAAAAAGGGGAAAAUAUUUUCUCAUUAAAUAUUUUAAAUAAUGUUGAUGUGGUAUUAUAGAACUGUUAAUACAAAAAAAUUAACUUUUGUAAUGUGCUUGGAGAUCCAUGGAUGAAGAGUUAGAUCUUUUCACUUUAUGAUACAAGUAGUGCUAAAAUAGCAGGGUUCUAAUCAAUUAAUCCAUUUCACUACUUCAUUAUCUCCACUUCUUUGGAUAUCCUUUGCCUUUUCUGGCUUUUUUUGGCCAAUUCAUACCAUACUGAACUAUUUUUCUGCAAGAAAAGAGAACAAAAAAUUAUCAUCAGCAUUACAAAGCCACUUACUAUCUAUCUGUUCCAGUCUCCUUUCCUUCUAGCAUACAUGUUGCACCAAUGAAAGAAACAUUCUCUAAGAUGUGAUAACUCAGACGAGCAGUUUUGUCAGGAAAUCGUGUUUUUGUUGUAUUAAAUAUACUGAAAAUGACUUUUAGUUGAAAUUAAGUAAUUUUGAGUUUUUUAUUCAUAGAAUCUGUAGUUAUACUUCCUGUUAAGUAGACAGCUUUGCCUGUUAUGCCUGUGGGGCUGGUGAAAAGUUUUAAGUGCAGUGGUGCUUUAUUAUUGCAAACAAGAAUGAAGUGUUGUUUGGUUUGUUUUUUUUUUUUUUCCUGAAAAAACCCUACCUUUUAGGGUAUUUUCCUUUGUUAUGCAACUUCUGACUAAUUGAAACCUGAAGUUUAAUCUUAUUUCUAAGUUAAGAUACAUGGCAUUCUUUUCACUAUUUAAAUAGAUUCAUGUUUAUCUAAGUAAAAUGGUUUUGAUAACUACUUUUUUUUAUUUUUGGAAGUGAUUUAUCUGAGUUUUGCUGUGGCAUGAGCUUUGUAGUAUUUGGUAUAAAGGAAGUGCAUGAUGGUGUCCUGGUUUCGGCCAGGAUAGAGAUAACUUUUAUCAGGCUGAGAGGGAGCACAGGUAGAGGGCCACCCGGAUCAAUCAUUGGAGCAUUCCAUUUCAUGUGACGUCAUGCUCGGUGUGUAGGUGGACAUGUGCUCUCAUGGCCUGUUUUGUUUCCCAGUCAGCACAGUGGGAUUUCUGGUGCUGUCGGGAUCGCUGCUGGGGGUGGGCUGCAUAUCAGUCGCCAGUCGGUGAGACACUGCUGUAUUUUACCCCUUUGGAGUUACUAUUGUUACUGUUGUUUUGUUACUAUUAUUAAUUUUUUUUUUAUUCAACCUAUGAAUUUUUUUAUUUUUUUAUUUUAUUUUUUUAAUCUCUCCCCUGUUUUGCCGGGAAGGCUGGAGGAGGGAUGUAAACGACUGGCCAGGUGGUGAUUGGCUACCACCUGAGUUCAAACCAUGACGUGAAAGGAGUUCUUAUUUUAUUUUCAUACAUGCUAUUCUUUCCCAUUUUCAGAGAAUAAAACCGGGGAAGAUACUCAAAUAGUCUGUAGUUACUCUGAUUUUUCUAUGAUAGAUGGAUUCAGUACAUUAAUAAUGACUAUAGUUAUAUAUUGAGAUUUUUUUUCUCCCUGUGUGAAUUGUUUCAUAUUGAAAGACAGAAUACUGUAUAAAAUGUUUUGAAAGUGUAUUGUAGAGCUCUCUUAAAAUAUUUGCAAUAAACUAUUUUAUUUAUAUUGUACCUUUAUUGUAUAUUUCAUGUAUAAACCAGAGUUUUCCAACUAUUUAACAUUCAAUGUGCAGAAAAGUUUAAGACUAUGUAUCAAAAGAAGUAACUUUCUA